UUUUAUUAUUUAAAAUCACUCACCGCUGCGGAGAUGGCGGAAUCUGCGUCUUGUCCGGUGUUUCAGCUGGGAAAACCGCGUUACGAGCAGAGCACAUUUCUUGGCAGGUUGAGACAUUUCAUUGAUAUCAUCGAUCCUUCCACUUUGUUUGUGACAGAGAGUCGUUUAAAAGAAUGUAUCAAACUCCUGGAUGAUUUCAAGCAAGGGAAUCUUCCUCCAGGAAUUACAGAUCACCAGCUCUGGGAGGCUCAGAAGGUGAAGCAGGCCAUCAUUCACCCCGACACCGGUGAAAAAAUCUUCAUGCCUUUCCGCAUGUCAGGCUAUGUGCCAUUUGGAACGCCAAUCGUUGUUGGUCUUCUCCUUCCAAACCAGACUUUGGCCUCUACGGUGUUCUGGCAGUGGCUUAACCAGAGUCACAACGCUUGUGUGAACUACGCCAACCGCAAUGCCACAAAGCCAACACCAACCUCAAAGUUUAUUCAGGGAUAUGUGGGUGCCGUCACCAGUGCUGUUUCUAUUGCAGUGGGACUGAAUGUACUUAUUGAGAAAUCCAGCAAAUUUAACCCUGCCACCAGACUGUUCAUACAGAGGUUUAUCCCCUUCCCUGCUGUAGCCAGUGCAAACAUCUGUAACGUGGCUCUAAUGAGACACAGUGAGCUGUCUGAGGGAAUAGAUGUGCUAGACAGCAACGGGAAUGUAGUGGGAUCCUCACGGAUAGCUGCCAAACAUGCACUGAUAGAAACCGCACUAACGCGAGUAGCGCUACCACUGCCAAUCUUUGUCCUUCCACCAAUAAUAAUGGCCUUCUUGGAAAAGCUUCCUCUGAUGCAGGCCCAUCGCAGAAUGAUGCUGCCUGUGCACAGUUUAGUAUGUCUGGCCGUCUUUGGUCUGUCCUUGCCGCUGGCUAUCAGUCUCUUCCCACAGAUGUCAGAGAUCGAGGCAUCUCACCUUGAGCCGGAAAUUGCCAUGGCAACGGAUUGCAAGGUGCUGACUUACAACAAGGGACUGUGAUGAAAGAGAAAGAAGUUUCUCAGCUGUCUAAGAUUGCCAAGGACGUGUAGCAUAACAGGUGCAAACAGUAUUGAGGAGAAAAAUGCAUUCCAAGCAAUAGUAACCAGCUAACCUUUUCCUUAACUACUGAGCCAUUUAUCAGGUUUACAGAACUGUUUAUAAAGUAAUAAUUACUGUAUUUACCAUUUUACUGACAAUUAUGACAGGGAGGAAACAAUGCCUUAUAUUAAAUGAUUUUAUAUAUUAAUAAAUAUUAUAUUCAUGUUGAUCAAACUAAUUAUGGGAGUAGUUAGGUGCUGCUUUAAAUUUUAAAUUAUUCUAUUAUAUGGUCAGUGAAUGCACUUUAAUGAAAAUGUAAUUGCAAUUAACGGUUUAGUUGCAUGUCACACUUAAUAUUUUCCAAAUUCCAGACAAAA